AUGGAUAAAAAAUCAUCGCGAGCCCUCAUGCUCAUUCUCACAACAUUUACGUACUUGCUUCUUGGUGCAGCUGUAUUUGAUGUAUUGGAAAGCGAAACAGAGAGAUAUGUACGGGAAGAAAUCGCGUUUGUACAGGAGAAGCUUCAUAGGAAAGACAUGCAGCUAUUCGAAUCAGUGGCUAUCAAAAGUAUACCUCACAAGGCGGGAUACCAAUGGCAGUUUACGGGAGCAUUCUAUUUUGCAACUGUUGUAAUAACUACUGUUGGUAGAAAAAUCAUGGUAGACGUGGCCACCCAACAGUUCAUCAGCAAAGCUAUGUGGACCGUUACCGUGUUAGAAGCUUAUUAA